UUCUGUGCUGCAACUGUGUGGAAACAUUUGCAUUGACAUUAUUUGUGUUUUUAAAAAAUGGACAAUAUGUCAAAGUGUAAAGCUCAGUGGACCGAUUAUUCUGUCAGUAAGUCUAUGGAUUUUCCCUUGACCCGCCUGUCUCAUCCAGGUUUUGCAUCAUCUUUAUGACUACUUACAUUUGACUUUUUCCUCUGUUGUCUGCUUAAAGGUCACAUUGAAUAAAGUGUAGCCAUUGAUGCAUGAUGAUACACAAUGGCCAACAAUAGCGACCGUCACCAUAUUCCUGUCGCUUCAAUCAUUAUGUUCUAUUUUAUUUCAGUGACUCUGCUACCAAUGACUUGCAGUAUAAUGUGAUGGUCAUGUCACAUGACAUUGAGCAUCUCAUCUCAGUUAUAGCAGACAAAUAAUGCAUGCCCACUGUUCCGUUUUAUCCCCAGCUGGUGGAUUGGGUUUGCCUUCAGUCUUUGCUUUCAUCCAAAGCAGUCUCUCUGACCAAAGCAGUCUCUCUGCAUCCAUUUCAACCUGGUGAUCCUGAAAGGGGGAUCCUUCCAUCUGUGGUCCCUUCUCAAGACAGAGGCGAUGAAAGGUGCCCUGAAGGAUCUCAAUCUGAACAUUGUGGAAAUGACUGAUGAGAGUGCUACAUUGGAUGGAGGAGACGUUCUCUUCACAGGUCGAGAGUUCUUUGUUGGCCUUUCCAAACGGACCAAUCAAAGAGGAGCCGAGAUCCUGGCUGAUGCCUUUAAGGAUUACGCCGUGUCCACUGUGCCCGUGAUGGAAAAGCUCCACCUGAAGAGCCUCUGCAGCAUGGGGGGACCGGGCCUCAUUGUCGUCGGCUCCAGCGAACCUGCUCAGAAAAGCCUCAAAAUCAUGCAACAAAUGAGCGAUCAUCGUUACGACAAACUGACGGUGCCCGACGACCUGGCCGCCAACUGCAUCUACAUGAACCUGCCCGAUAAAGGACAGGUGCUUUUGCAUUGUACAGCAGAGGAGUAUCCAGAAAGUGUCAAGGUGUUUGACAAAUUGAAUGACUACAAGCUGUUCCCUGUGUCCAACAGUGAGAAAGUCAAAGUGGACGGUGCGCUAACAUGCUGCUCCGUGCUCAUCAAUAAGAAGUCCAGCAACUAAACACGGGCUCUGUUGGAGAAACUCACUGGAUAAGCAGAUGUAGUGUUGAGAAGAAUAUGGGCAGAUCCAUUCUCUUGAUUUACACGACGAACCUUCCUUUCAAUUUAUUGAUGAAUCGAAGAGUACCUAACAGAAUGUCUUUCAGGUUGUUGAAGUCGAGCCUCGAUGAAGGUGCGACUGUUUUAAUCCUAGUCUUUCUUCAUGUUCAAAUCCAGUUAGUAUUAGGGAGAACUGAGAUAACUUUGCUCUCGUAAAUGACACUUUGCAAGCGAUUUUGUACGUUAAAGGCCGAGCCGUUUGCUCUGUGCUGCCUCUCGGCACCGAGCUGAGGAAAUGACAUCAGGAGGUGCUGCUUGCGGAUGAUGGGCAAGCAGGCAGUGAUGAAGCGUGGAAAGAAUUUGGUUUGUUCUGUUCAGAGGAAAGGCUCGCGACGCCAGUAAACACUAACUCGAAAAGUCUUCAGCUUCAUCUUCCUCUCUGUGCUGUUGACUCAGACGGCUUUAUGUUCCCAACGUGAUUCUCCUUCCAUCAAGUGGUCAUCAACUUUUAUGCUCCUGGAUCAUUCUUUGGUCUGAAAUUCCCUACUGAUUCAAAUCAAAGGCUUUUUCUUGUUGCUCUUUCUUUCCAUUGGUGUACACAAUGAGGUAAUAACCAGUUCAUCUGUGGAUUUUUUUCCAUUGUCUUUUCUUUGGUGAUUCGUUUCACUGAAUUUACUGCGCUGGUUAACCAUCUGCUGAUUCUUGCUUGUGAUUGUCUCUGUUAAUCUCACAUCAUUUGCUUGAGAGUAGUAUGGCAUUGCUAUUUUAGGAAGUGAAAAUACUCUUCCUUCUAAUUUACAUAAUAAACUUAGCAUUCAACUGA